AUGAUAAAUACAUCAGAGAAGGUUUUGGCUGAGGCAGAACUAUCUAAUAGAAGUAUCAGCAGAAUGCUGGGCAUUAUAAAAAUAUUGCCAAAAACAAUUCCACUGGAAGAGCAGCAAGUCAACGUUUUAUACUCAAAUCUUGGUAUUGGUGUUUCCAAAGUGAAUCAAGAUAGUUUCGAUGGUCUUUUCUAUGGCGUUUCCUACGGAACUGAUGAAACGGAAGCAAACACACAGCUCUUUAACCACUCAUACUCUGACCAACAACAAGAUGAUAUACAGACACUUUCCUUUAUUUCCUUACCAAAGAGUUUACCAAAACAUCUGGAAGACGAACAAAGAUCAACCCUUGCAAGGGUAGUAUUUUACUCCAUGAGGAAUGAUAAGCUCUAUAGGGUACGGAACAAAACUUUUCUUCUUUCUGUUUGA